AUCAGGGGGAGUUCCGGGUUGGGGACGUCACGACGCCGGUGCGCGCGCGCUUCCCUUCUAGCGCUCGCCGCUCUAUGGUUACGCGGAGGCCUUGCCGGCCUCGUUCUCCUCGGCGGCUCGGGAGGGAAGGGGUCGCGGCGGCCCACCUGUCCCCCUACGGCAGGGAUUGGGGAAACCGGUGGGGGGGAUCGAAAUGUCGUCCGCCGUGAGGCAGGAGUUGACCCAGCUCAUGAGCUCCAGCGGCUCUCACAAGGAUCUGGCCGGGAAGUAUCGUCAGAUAUUGGAAAAAGCAAUUCAGCUGUCAGGAGCUGAACAGCUGGAAGCAUUGAAAGCUUUUGUAGAAGCAAUGGUGAAUGAAAAUGUCAGUUUAGUGAUUUCGCGGCAGCUGCUGACAGACUUCUGUACUCAUCUUCCAAGUCUUCCUGAUAGCACAGCCAAAGAAAUCUACCACUUCACCUUAGAAAAGAUCCAGCCACGUGUAAUUUCCUUUGAGGAACAGGUCGCUUCUAUAAGGCAACACCUUGCAUCGAUUUAUGAAAAAGAAGAAGACUGGAGGAAUGCAGCGCAAGUGUUGGUGGGGAUUCCUUUGGAAACAGGCCAGAAGCAAUACAACGUAGACUAUAAACUGGAAACCUAUCUGAAAAUUGCCCGGCUGUAUCUGGAGGACGACGAUCCCGUUCAGGCCGAGGCGUACAUCAACAGGGCAUCCCUCCUACAGAACGAAUCAACCAAUGAGCAGCUACAGAUCCACUACAAGGUGUGUUACGCUCGGGUCCUUGACUACAGAAGGAAGUUCAUUGAAGCUGCCCAGAGAUACAACGAACUCUCUUACAAGAGUAUAGUCCACGAAAGUGAGCGACUGGAGGCUCUGAAACAUGCCUUGCAUUGCACCAUCUUAGCAUCGGCAGGGCAGCAACGCUCCCGAAUGCUGGCCACUCUGUUUAAGGAUGAGCGGUGCCAGCAGCUUGCAGCCUAUGGGAUUCUGGAGAAAAUGUAUCUGGACAGGAUUAUCCGAGGGAAUCAGUUACAAGAAUUUGCUGCAAUGCUCAUGCCACAUCAGAAAGCAACAACAGCUGAUGGUUCUAGUAUCUUGGACAGAGCUGUCAUUGAACAUAAUUUAUUAUCUGCAAGCAAACUAUAUAACAAUAUUACCUUUGAAGAACUUGGAGCAUUAUUAGAAAUCCCAGCAGCCAAGGCAGAAAAGAUAGCCUCCCAGAUGAUAACAGAAGGCCGCAUGAAUGGAUUUAUUGAUCAGAUAGAUGGAAUAGUUCACUUUGAAACUCGUGAAGCCUUGCCAACGUGGGACAAGCAGAUUCAGUCUCUCUGCUUCCAAGUUAACAAUCUGUUGGAGAAGAUUAGCCAGACGGCCCCCGAAUGGACAGCCCAGGCCAUGGAAGCUCAGAUGGCUCAGUAGACUCUCCAGGCUCUGGAGAAGAAACUUUUCUUCUACUAAAAAUGCGAAACAGGCAUAUGAAAUUGAACUAAUAGCUUUGACUCGACUUCCAGUAGACAAAGCAUAGAGAGUGUAUAUGAUGUAUGAUUCCUUAACUUCUUGUUGCUCAAAGGAACAUUAGUCCAGCAUAAGAAAUCCUUUUUAAAAGCUGUUUAAAACAACCAGUAGAGUACAAAAGAGUGUGUUAAGUUUCGUAUCAGUUUCGGUUGCUUAGUGGCCUUGUGAAUAUUUUUCUGUUGUGAAAACUGAAGUGCCAUAUUCCGUUCAGUUGUAGCUGUUCCAAUAAAGACUUAGUUGGGUGUUAAUGAAAUGUACAGUGUAUGAAUUUGCCAGCAUUCGUUUGCUGCAUCUUGUCUUCGCAUAUGCAGGAUCCCUUACGUAAA